AUGGUUAUAAGAGUGUUGUUGUUUGCGUUCCUCUGUGCUGUCUCUAGCACUGAGAUAAUCACCACCACCCUCGACUCAGCAGGGGAGAAAACAGCUGCCGUUGUGGAGCAAGAGGAUUUCAUCAAAGCCAUUAUGAGAGACGCAUUGGCCAGCCAAGACAAGUAUGCAUCCGUAAUGACAGAGAAAAGCAUGGAGGUUCCUCCCGAACUACUGCAGUUUCUACUUGCCCUAGACAAUGUAGAGAUUACAGAUUUCCCAACGGCCAGUUUUGCCGACCAUUUCCCCUUUGACGAGUUUGCUACUUUUGUCACCAAUUUCCCCUGGUACUCUAGUUAUUUGACCGAGAAUGGGCUAACUUCAUUUAAACAACCAAGCGAUUUUUCAACAAUAGUCAUUACACAAGGUAAAGAUGAUUAUACCUCAUUGUCAACUGACUCGUUCACCCCUGCUGCUUCUUCAACAUUCCCAAUUGUUCCACAUAAGACCACUGCCAACCAAAAAAUAUCAGAAACCACAGCAGUUACAGGAAUUUCCUCCACUAAUAUCACCCCAAACUCCUCUUCUUCUUCUUCUUCUUCUUCUUCUUCUUCUACCCCAUUCUCUGCUACUACUAUUACCACCAUUCAUUUGAAAACACCAAAUGAAGCAGGGCACACGGUACCGCCUCUUCCAUCAGUUCUUGUUUUAUUCCUCCUGGCUCUGUUUUGCUAG